AUGACAGACUUGUGGCUACUCCACUUCUUCUUAGGCAUUGAAGUGUGGCAGCAUCCAGGAAAAAUCUUUAUUUCUCAGCAACGAUAUGCUCAUGAGUUAUUGAAGGCAUUUGGGAUGGCAGAAUGCACUCUAGUGGUUACACUAAUGGAAGUAAACAUUAAGCUCUCCAUUGAAGAUCCCUCUCCACUUGUUGAUACAAAGAGGUAUAGAAGCCUAAUUGGGAGUUUGGUGUACCUGUGCAACACAAGGCCCAAUAUCAGUUUUUCAGUUGGUAUUUUGAGUAGAUUUGCAAAUAAGCCACGAGAAAUUCACAGGAAGGCUGGAAUGAGGGUCCUCAAGUAUAUAAAAGGGACUCCUCAUUUUGGCAUCUCUUAUACAUCAGGGAACUCCCUAAUUGGAUAUUGUGACUCCGAUUGGGCAGGAGAUAUUGAUUCCAAAAAGUCAGUUUCUGGAUAUUGUUUUCUCUUUAGGAAUGGAAUUAUCUCGUGA